AGCUGGGCUGACGGUGCAGGCAGGAGCGUCACAUAAGCAAACAGGAGCCUGAGGGGCAGCUCAGCACGCAGGGACUGAAGAGGAGCGACAAGGCUUGGGGGUUUGGAUCUGAUGCACAGACGACAAGAUUGACUGGAAGAGGCAGACUGGAGGGCAAUGAGAGGACUUGAUUUUUACUGACACUUAACAGACUUUAAAUAAUAUAUUCACACGCAGAUUGUAGAGAAUAUAAGGAAAACAAUCACACAGUAUACUGUAGUUUUAUUUUAUUUUUUUAGGAAAGACCGAUACACAGAUAACCUGUGAGUGGUUUCCAGACAGGGCUGUAGUUUUCUUCUGCUGACGGGGAAAGAAAUAGAGAUACAUUUUGAAUGAAAGAAGAAGAAGAAUCCUCUUAAUUCAGCAAUGCUUUUGAGGAACUUUGCACUGGACUGUUGCUAUCUGCAGUGUCGUGGACACUGAUGCAGCAAUAAGACACAUAUUUUCAUUGAAAUACUCUGGACGGGUCCUUUUUGUCUUUUUUUUCCUUUUUUUUUUUUUCUUUUUUAAUUCUCAAGUCCUCCAGUGCAGGUGUUGUGCUGACUCUCACUAUGCUUUCUCAAAGAUGCUCUUUAACACUAUCAUGGACUUCUUGUCUUCUAGUCCUGUGCUUCCUGGAUGUAUGGACCACAGCUUGGUCUGCUGCCCAACAAUCCCAAACCCAGCUGCAGUCCCGCCGCUCCAGGCAAAUGCCACCCCUCACAACCUCUUCCUCAUCAGCCGGCAACCUGUCAGAAAGUGCAGAGACCAAAGUGGCGCGCCUUGGACAGGCUUUCAAGCGUAAUGUCCGUGAGCUGCGUGAGAAAAGCUCCUGUCUGGAUCUGGUCUUCCUGGUGGAUGAGUCAUCCAGCGUGGGGGCCAAUAACUUCCUGAGCGAGCUGAGAUUUGUACGCAAAAUGCUGUCUGACUUCCCCGUUGCACCUGAGAACACGCGGGUGGCAUUGGUCACGUUCUCAUCUAAGACCCAUGUAGUGACAAGGGUGGACCACAUCACAGCGCCCAAGUCGCACUACCACAAGUGUUUCCUGUUCAACAAGGAGAUCCCAGCCAUCAACUACAGAGGAGGAGGUACCUAUACCAAAGGAGCCUUCCAGAGAGCAGCGCAAAUCCUGCGGCACUCUCGUGCUAAUGCCACCAAGGUAAUUUUCCUCAUCACCGAUGGCUACUCUAAUGGUGGAGACCCUCGGCCAGUGGCGGCAGCUCUUAGGGAACGUGGCGUUGAGAUCUUCACUCUGGGCAUCUGGCAGGGAAACAUCAGGGAGCUCCAUGACAUGGCAUCACAACCCAAGGACCAGCAUUGUUAUCUGGUACACAACUUUGCAGAGUUUGAGGCCCUGGCUCGCCAUGCACUGCAUGAAGACCUCCCCACAGGCAGCUACAUCCAGGAGGAUCUCUCCCGUUGCUCCUCGCUGUGUGAAGCAGGCAGGGAUUGCUGUGACCUGAUGGCAAGCUGUAAAUGUGGCACACAUACCGGACAGUAUGACUGCAUCUGUGAGAAGGGAUACUAUGGGAAGGGUCUGCAGCACGAGUGCACAGCAUGUCCGCCUGGCACCUAUAAACCAGAGGGAACUCCGGGAGGUCUGAGCACUUGCCUACCAUGUCCUGACCUGCAGCACACCUCACAGCCUGGCAGCACUUCCCUCAGUGACUGUAUCUGCAAGCCAGGCUAUCAGCCAAUAGGCAUGACCUGCCAGGUGGUGUACUGUCCACUGCUGUCUCCUCCAGAGAAUGGCUUUUUCAUCCAAAAUGCCUGUAACAACCACUUUGAUGCUGCGUGCGGUGUGCGAUGUGAGCCAGGUUUUGACCUCCAAGGCACCAACAUCAGACUGUGUCAGGCUGACGGCUCCUGGUCUGGGACUCCUGCCAGUUGUAGAGUGCACUCUUGCCUGCCGCUCUCCCGGCCCCAGCAUGGGUUCCUGAGGUGCAGUGAUGGCGGUGCUUCUUUCAGGGCAGAGUGUCAGGCAGGCUGUGAGCGAGGCUACAGGCUAGAGGGAGACUCCAGACUCACCUGCCAGGCCAACUCACAGUGGAGUGGACCCCAACCUCGGUGUGUGGAGGUGCGUUGUCCCCCGAUCACGGCUCUGAAGAACAUCAUGUUGUCGCCCCCUGCCUGUGGGAGGAGACCAGCGUCACCGGGUUCCGCUUGCCUGCUCACCUGUCGCCACGGUUACAGUCUCCAAGGAAACAGGAAGGCAGUGUGCAUGGGCACGGGAAACUGGACAGCUAAUGUCCAUAAAGCUGUCUGUUUAGAUGCUGAACCACCAUGGAUCCAGUGUCCCGCAGACAUUGUUGCAGAGACAGAUGAGAGGCGUGGAACUGCCAUCAUCAACUGGAUCGUACCAAACGCCACAGAUAACUCAAAAGAGGAGGUGGUGGUGCAGGUGAAGCCAGUCUACACUCCUCCCCAGCUUUUACCCAUUGGAAAGGAGAUCAUCACCUACAUUACGACCGAUCGCUCCGGCAACCAGGCCAACUGCUCUUUUACAGUCACAGUCAUUGAUACGGAGCCUCCAGUGAUUGACAGGUGCAGGUCUCCACCCACAGUCCAAGCCACAGAUGUGGAGACAGUGGUCAUCUGGGAGGUGCCACAGUUUUCCGACAACUCAGGUGGCCGCCUCACAGUAACCAGUAGCCACAGACCAGGCUCUCUGUUCCCAGUAGGCGAGACUGUGGUCCAGUACACUGCUACUGAUGCUGCUGAAAACAGUCGCAUCUGCAACCUCACCGUCACUGUACAAGGAACAACCUGUGAACAACCAUACGUCCCUGUGAAUGGAGAGUUCAUUUGCUCUGAAGAAGAGGAGGGUGUUAACUGUACUCUACACUGUAAGGAAGGCUAUAGCUUCACUCAGGAUGCAGUGCACAGAUACUCCUGUGCAUAUAAUGGUGUUUGGCAGCCACCAUACUCUCCAGAGAGACCUGACUGUUCAGUGAAUCGUGUAGCAAACAAUGGAUUCAAGCCCUUUGAGAUGCUAUUUAAAGCAUCGCGUUGUGACGAUGUGGAUCUGCUCAAAUCAUUUGCUGGAGAGUUCAACACCAAACUCCAAGGAAUGCUUCCCAACUUUUGUAGCAGUGAUGACGUCACCUGCAAGCUGGAGGUGACAUCCCAGGGUCACUGUCUCGAGUACAACUAUGACUAUGACAAUGGGUUUUCUAUUACACCAGGGGGUUGGGGUAACAGCUGGAGUCCUCAAGGUUCUCAGGACUAUGCCUACUUUGAGUCAGGCUUCGCCACAGGCACGCGGCAGCUCGCUAACAGGCAGCAAGACAGCAGCAAGAAAGUACACCACCGCACCAAGAGGCACCGAAAAAUCCGAGGCCCCACCAGAGACCAGAAGAUCCAGAUCUUUUUCAACAUCACAGCAAGCAUCCCUCUGCCCCUGUCGAGGAACGACUCAAUAGAGGUGGCCAAUCAGAAGAGGCUCCUGCGGACCUUAGAGCAACUGACCAACCGACUGAAGCGAACACUGGCCAAGCAGCCGCUGUCCAGUUUCCAUGUGUCCUCUGAGAUGAUCGUGGCCGAUCCGAAAUCUCUGGAGAGCAAGAGGGCAUCUCUGUAUUGCAGGCCCGGCUCAGUGCUGAAAGGCCGGAUGUGUGUCCUAUGUCCGGUGGGAACUUACUUCUCUCUGGAGUUUAAUGAGUGUGAGAGCUGCUGGCUGGGCUCCUACCAGGACAAGGAGGGUCAACUGGAGUGCAAGUCUUGUCCUGAAGGAACCUCCACAGCUUAUCUUCACUCUCGCAGUGUGGCUGAAUGUAAAGGGCAGUGUAAACCUGGUAGUCAUUCUCUGAAUGGUCUGGAGAUCUGCGAGUCUUGCCCACUGGGACACUUCCAGUCGGGUUUUGGUGCCAGGGAGUGUCUGGUUUGUCCUGAUGACACGUCCACUGUCACAAGAGGAGCAGUUGAUGACGCAGAGUGUGGAGUCCCCUGUUCAGCAGGUCAUUUCUCUCGCACUGGUCUGGUCCCAUGUUACCCUUGUCCUAGAGAUUACUACCAGCCUGAACAUGGCCGCUCCUACUGCCUCUCUUGCCCCUUCUAUGGAACCACAACUGUUACUGGAGCAACCACCAUUCAGCACUGCUCCAGUUUUGGCUCCAGUUUUCUUCCAAAAGAGGAGAGUGUAACAGCAGCUCCCGAGGUGGAGCCCAGUGAAGACUACCAAGCAAGCAGUCAAGUUUUCCACGAGUGCUUCCUGAAUCCAUGUCAGAAUAAAGGAACAUGUGAAGAAGUCGGGGCUGGAUACGUUUGCACCUGCACACCUGGGUUCACAGGUGCCAAGUGUGAAGUCGACAUUGAUGAGUGUGACUCUGCUCCAUGCCAGAAUGGAGGCCUGUGCAAGGAUGGGAUGGGAGACUUCCAGUGUCAGUGCAAACCAGGAUUUGUAGGCUUUCUAUGUGAGGCUGAGGUGAAUGAGUGUAUGUCCUCCCCUUGCCUAAAUGAAGGCGUUUGUGUGGACGAGGUCAACAAGUUCACCUGCAGUUGUGCUGGAGGCUACACAGGAUCCCGUUGCGAGCUGGAAAUAAACGAGUGUCUUUCCAAUCCUUGUCUGAACGGAGGUGUGUGUGAGGACAUGACAGGCGGUUACAUCUGUACUUGUGCUGCUGGCUUCUCUGGGGAUCGCUGCGAGGUCAACAUUGAUGAAUGUUACAGCGCCCCCUGUCUAAAUGGAGGCACGUGUCUGGAUGCUGUGAAUAAUUUCAGGUGUCAGUGUGUGGUGGGUUACCGGGGCCGUCUAUGUGAGGUGGAUGUGGAUGAGUGUGAUCCUAACCCCUGUGUGAACGGAGCCAGCUGCCUGGACGGUCUCGGGUUGUACACCUGCCGCUGCCUCCCUGGGUUCAACGGAACCAUGUGUGAGACAGAGAUGUCCUCUGCUUUCAACCUGGACUUUGAGGUGUCGGGUAUUCAUGGGUAUGUGAUGAUGGACGGAGUGAUGCCGGCGCUGACAGAGAUCACCUGCACGUUUUGGAUGAGGUCGUCAGACACCAUUAAUUAUGGCACACCUGUCUCCUAUGCCGUGGAUGGCAGCGACAAUGCUUUCCUACUCAUAGAUUAUAAUGGGUGGGUGCUGUAUGUGAAUGGGAAGGAGCGCAUCACCGACUGUCCUGCAGUGAACACGGGUCACUGGUACCACAUCGGAGUUUCCUGGAGAAGCUGGGAUGGCGACUGGAGAAUCUACAUCAAUGGGAAGCCCUCAGACGGAGGCAAAGGCCUGUCAGUUGGCACCACUAUCCCAGGUGGUGGGGUGCUGGUAUUGGGUCAGGACCAAGACCAGAGGGGUGAGGGCUUCAACCCUGUUGAAUCCUUUGUUGGGUCCAUGAGUCAACUCAAUAUCUGGGAUCGUGUCCUGACGCCACAGCAGAUCAAGGUCCUGGCCAGCAGCUGUCCAGCAUCCCAUGUGACCCACAGAGGGAACGUCCUUGCCUGGCCAGACUUUCUCAAUGGGGUAGUGGGCCGAGUCAAAGUGAACCGCAGCAGCAUUUUCUGUGCGGACUGCCCAAAGCUGGAGAAUGCAUUUCCCCACAUGCAUGCUUCCACUGUGGAGGUGUGCCCCGGUGCUCAGGUCCAGCUGUCCUGUGACCCCGGGUUCUACCUGGUGGGGGAGCCGGUGCUGCAGUGUCAGAAUAAAGGAGAGUGGAGCCAUCCUCUGCCCAUCUGUGAACGUGUGUCCUGUGGACCUCCUCAUCCUCUGGAGAAUGGCUUGAUUCAGGGAACAGAUAUCCAUUCUGGCAGUUCUGUGGUUUAUCAGUGUAAUGCUGGCUUUUACCUGCUGGGCGAUGUCAAGGUCCACUGCACCAACAGCGGCAAGUGGGGAGGAAAUUCACCCGCUUGUCUCGAUGUGGAUGAGUGUGCUCUGGGAUCAGACUGUGAUGACCAUGCCAGCUGUCAUAACACAGAUGGCUCUUACACCUGCACUUGUAAUCACCCGUACAGUGGAGAUGGCAAAAACUGCACAGAGCCAGUGAAGUGUGAGAAUCCUGGGUCUCUGGAAUUUGGUCACAGAAGUGGCAGCAACUUUCUGGUGGGAGGUGAGGUCGUCUUCAGCUGCGAGGACGGCUAUGAGCUGAUUGGCUCGUCUCAACUUUACUGCAUGGACACUGGAAACUGGGACAAUGGUGUGCCAUACUGCAGAGCCCUCUCCUGCCCCACACCAACUGUGCCAGAGAACUCCAUGAUGAAGGGCGACAACUUCACUUAUGGCAGCAAGGUGACUUUCAGCUGUAAGAGGGGCUUCCUGCCUGAGAUCCCAUAUGACUUUCAGUGUCUCACUAGUCAGAGAUGGAGUGGGACUCCACCUGUCUGUCACCCACAGACCUGUGGCAGCCCUCCAACUGUUGAGAAUGCUGACUACGACCUCGUCACAAACACAUACCUGUCCACUGUCAAGUACACCUGCUCUAAGGGAUACAGAUCGCAGGGCUCCAUGGAAAUAGUUUGUGAAGCAUCCGGGGACUGGAGCAGGCCUUUCCCCCGCUGUGUGAACAUCCUGUGUGUUGAACCUCCAGCCUUGAGAGAUGCUGUGACUGUAGGAGAGAACUAUGAACUGGGAAACAAGGUGCACUAUGUCUGCAAGGAAGGCUACACUCUGAUUGGCCCAGAGACCAGGGAAUGUUUGCCAAGUGGCGAAUGGAGUGAAAGCUCUGCCCAGUGUGUCCCUCGCUCUUGUGGCCCCCCACCUGCCAUUGACCAUGCAGAGCCCUAUGAGAGUCACCAGCUGUUUGGGGACACUGCUAACUACUACUGCACUGACGGAUUCACUGCCAGCAACAAUUCCAAGAUGGUGUGCAAUGCUCAUGGUGUGUGGGCACCUCCUAAUGGCAUGGAGGCCCCUCGCUGCAUUGCAAACUUCUGCUUACGUCCUCCUGAGCUGCACCAUGCAAUCCUAGACUCCAUCAACAAACCCAAAUAUGCCAGCAACUCUGAAGUGAGCUAUAAAUGUGAAGAGGGAUUCAUGCUCAACACUACAGCCACACUGAGAUGUUUAAUGGGAGGGGAGUGGGAGCCUUCGCCAUAUGAUAUUGGCUGUGUGCCUGUAAGGUGCUCCAAGCCUGACAGCAUUGACAGGGGCUACAUCAGCGGGACAAACUACAGUUUUGGAGCUGUGGUGGCGUACAGCUGCUUCGCAGGCUUCCUGAUCAGAGGGGAGAAGAGGAGGACCUGUAAGGCCAAUGGGGAAUGGGGAGGAGCUCUCCCUAUCUGUGUACCUGUGUCCUGCUCCACCCCUCCUCCACUCAAGAAUGGACAGAUAAAAGGUCGAUUCACCUUCAACAGCAAGGUGAUGUAUGCCUGUAAUCCUGGCUACAGACUGGUUGGUCGUCCAGAUCGAGUUUGUCAAGCCAAUCGGCAGUGGUCCAACAGCGACCCUCCCACCUGCGUCCUUUUGACCUGUGACCCUCCUCCCAAUGUCACCCAUGGAUAUUACCGGGGCUCGGACUUCCAGGUGGGCCGAAAAGUGGAGUAUGUUUGUGAUGAGGGUUACGAGCUGGUCGGAGAUUCUAUCUGGACCUGUCUGAAAUACGGUCGGUGGGAUAAGACGAGGCGUCCACGCUGCUCACCUGUGCAGUGUCCAGAGCCGCCGCUGGAAGAGAACCACCUGGUCCUGAAAGGCCUGGACUCUGAAUCUGGAACCGUGGAGUUAUCCUGCGAGGAUGGCUACGUCCUCGAGGGUGCACGGAUUCUUCGCUGCACGCCAUCCCAGGAGUGGAAUGACACCUUUCCAGUGUGUAAGCAAGUGUUUUGUGGCUCACUUCCCGAAGUGUCUUUCGGAGGGACUCCCUUGUCUUCUUCCCCGUUCCCUUUUGGCUCAGUGGUGACCUACACAUGCAUGGAUGGCUUUGCUUUACGGAAAGAGGGCUCUGUAUCCUGUCUAGCAAGUGGCCAGUGGAGUAAUCCUUACCCAGAGUGUAUCCCUGUUGAAUGCCCUCAGCCUGUGGAAAUUUCUAAUGGUAUUGUUGAUGUCCAGGGUCUGAUGUACCUCAGCAAAGCCCUGUACAGUUGUAGGACUGGAUAUAAUUUGGUGGGUAACUCCACUGUCCUCUGUGGAGAAAAGGGACUUUGGAUCGGUGGGGUCCCAUCUUGCCGUCCAAUUGAAUGCCCCAUCCCUAAACAGAUAGUCAGUGGAAAGGUGGUUUACACAAAACUCCAGUUUGGUCACAGUGCCUCUUACUCCUGUCGUCGUGGUUACCGACUUCAAGGCCCAGAGACUCUCAAGUGUCUGGCAAGUGGGGAAUGGGACUCCGAGCCACCUGUUUGCAUCCAGAUAUCUUGCACGCCACCGCAGCCUAUUGAUAAUGGUUUUGUAGAAGGUCAGGAUCACAGUUUUGGUGUCACUAUUUUCUACAGCUGUUUUCCUGGAUUCCAGCUCGUCGGCCAAGACCACCUGACCUGUGAGGAGUUUGGCUGGUCAAGUGCUAUUCCUGUCUGUGUGCUAUCUGAUUGUGGCCUGCCUCCUCACAUCGACUUUGGAGAGUAUGUUAGGGUGCAGGAGGCAGGCUCUGUGGUACCCUCUAAAGACACAGGAACAUUAGCCCCACCAGACUUGAGCUUUCUUCAUGGGUCAUUGAUUGAAUACCGUUGCCACAAUGGUUAUGACCUCACAAGUCCUGUCAGGUUGGUGUGUCAGGAGGAUGGAGGCUGGAAUGGAACAGCACCAUACUGUGUCCCAGCAGAGUGUGAAACACCACCCAGUCCAGAACAUGGCUGGGUAAAUGUGACUGACACCUCCCUGGGCAGCAUGGUCAAGUAUACCUGUGAGGAGGGAUAUGAGCUACAGGGCGAGCCAGAGAGGCAGUGUGUGUCAGGUCGAUUGUGGACUAAUAAAGCCCCCGUUUGUCGGCCCAUUUCCUGUGGCGACCCAGGGGCUAUAGCUAAUGGCACAGUUCACGGAGGAUUUCUUGUGUAUCCUGAAGUUCUGCACUACGAGUGUCGUCCUGGUUUUGUCCUCAAAGGAAGUGACACUAUCGCGUGCCAAGCGGAUGGAAAGUGGAAUGGACAAAAGCCUCACUGUGAGCCACUGUCUUGUGGUCCUCCUAAACUCCCCAUUGACAUUACUUUCAAAGGAGAGGAGUACACCUAUAAUAACGAGAUAGAACUGAGCUGUCGGCCUGGUUUCCUCUUACAGGGGAAAUCUGUGAGUGUUUGCCAGGCUGAUGGCACCUGGAGCCACAUCUCUCCCACUUGUGUACCUGCCCGCUGUGGGAAACCCCCACAUAUACCGAAUGGCCGAGUGCUGGGAUCAGAGUUUGGCCUCAAUAGCAAGGUAAAGUAUGAAUGUGAUGAAGGAUACACACUAAACGGAGACUCCACACGGGUUUGUCAGUCAGAUGGACUUUGGGACAAACCUGCGCCUCACUGUGACAUCAUUAGUUGUGAUCCACCUGAGGACAUUAGCCACGGCUUCCUGAAUGGCUCCAGCUUCAACUAUGACGACGUUGUGGAAUACGUAUGCUUCGAUGGCUAUGAGGUCCUUGGGGAUCCCAUCCUGCAGUGCUCUGCUCAAGGCUUCUGGAUUGGCACUGUGCCUCUGUGCCGGCCCUGCAUCUGUGCCCUCCCUUUGUUAAAAUUUGGUGUGAUUCUUGGGAACAACCGUGCUUGUGGGGCCCAAGUGCAAUUUCAGUGCGACGAUGGCUACAGACUGCUGGGUCCUUCACAGGCCGUGUGUGAGAAGGGCGGGGUGUGGAACCCCGGGGUGCCUGCGUGUGGCCGAGGAAGGUGUACUGACACCCCGCCUACAGUUCCUAACGCUGUCCUGGCAGGCAGCGCCACCUUCUUAGACACAGUGAUAUACAGGUGUCGGCCCGGUUAUCAGUCAAAGGGAUACCCACGCCUGUCCUGUGGAAGAGACGGCAGGUGGGGGGAACCCAGGAUCAGCUGUGAGCCUGUGAGUUGUGGAAAACCUCCAACUGUACCCCACGCUCAUGUGGUGGGAGGCACCUUCACCUUCCCAAACCAAAUCACAUACAGAUGUGAGGAAGGGUAUGCUCUAGCAACACAGACGGCUUCCCUCUCCUGCCAGAGUCACGGGUCAUGGUCCAAGCACAGCAUUCGGUGCCGUCCCUCCCCCUGCCUGCUGCCCACCAACUUCUCCAUCCCCCAUCUGGUAAUUGCUGGGAAGGAGCUCACACCUGUCGGGGGCACCAUCUCCCUCUCCUGCCCUCCUGGCUUCUACCUGCAGGGGUCACCACUGGCUGAAUGUCAGCUGGGUGGAGGCUGGACUCCAGGAAUCAUGACAGUUUCCUGCAAACUGGUGAUGUGUGAGAAACCCCCUCCCCUUCCUCAUGGUGUCGCUGAGGGAGACAACUACAACUAUGGAGACUUUGUCAUGUACUCCUGCCUCCCUGGCUUUUAUAUGAAGGGAGACUCAAUUCAGACCUGCCAGGGAGACAGGACGUGGAGUGGCACCCAGCCAGUGUGUGUUGCACAGACUUGUGGGCCUCCACCCACUGUAAUAAAUGCACAGCUGCAGACAACAGGAGACACUUACCUACAGAAUGCCAGUUAUGUAUGUAAUGGUGGAAUGCAGCUGGUCGGCCCUAGGACUCUUGUCUGUCUUGCCAAUGGCACAUGGAGCCUGCCAGCUCCUACAUGUGAAGCAGCCAGAGGCUGCAUCAGCCCAAAACAGAUGCUGCAUGGCAAAGUGCAGGAGCACAACCUGAACACCGGGCGUGCUGUGGAGUUUCAGUGUGAUAAAGGUUACAAACUGGUGGGAGAUCCUCUGGUGGUGUGUAUGGGGGGCAACACCUGGAGCUCCACUUUCCCAACCUGCCAACCCCAGUCUUGUCCAGCUCCUCCAGGCUGGAAGGAGGACAGUAGUGGAGACGGAUCCCAGCAGGAGUUUCAUGUCGGUCAGUCGGUGCGUGUCACCUGCCCCAAAGGUCAGCAGGUGAAAGGCAGCGGCACUAUCAACUGCAGGCCGGACAAGACCUGGAGCCCCAUCACCUCUGUGUGUGAAAGGGUGUCCUGUGGUCCCCCCCUCCAUGUGGCCAACGGGGUGGUGCGGGGGGCGGUGUUCCAGUUCGGGGAUGUGGCAGUGUACUCGUGUUUUGGCGGAUAUGCCAUGGAGGGCGUUGGAAGGAGCAGGUGUCUGGAGAACGGCACCUGGACGCCGCCUCCCACAUGCAGAGCUGUGUGUUGGCUGCAGUGUCAGAAUGGAGGAGUGUGUCAGAGGCCCAACACUUGCUCCUGCCCCGAGGGCUGGAUGGGCCGGCUUUGUGAGGAGCCCAUCUGCAUCCUGCCGUGCCUGAACGGAGGCCGCUGCGUGGCACCCUACCAGUGCCAGUGUCCCACCGGGUGGACGGGCACACGCUGUCACAGCGCGGUGUGUUCAUCUCCUUGUCUCAAUGGAGGGAGAUGCAUCCGACCAAACAGGUGUCACUGCAGUUCAGGGUGGAGCGGACAUGACUGCUCCAGGAAACGUAAAUCAGGAUACUAUCACUUCUAAAAGCUCCCACUCCACUCUCCAUGUGAACUGUCCUAUGAAGGGAAUUCUUGUACAUUCAACUGACACACUUGUAAACCAUUCUCAUCUCUCUGCAAAAGGCACAGCAAGAACCGUUUUGUAAAAUAAAGCUGUAUUUUUUCAUAUAGAGACUCAACCGUAUUAAACAUAUGCUGCUAUAUACUUGUACGAUGUGUAAAAACUAUUGAUUCAGUUGUUCAGUGUAUAUGUGUAAACUAUUCUCACAUUUUUAUUAAAGCAUAAAACCAUUUAA